AUGGCCCCUUCACUUGGGUCGAUAGCAUUGUUGAGAAGUCAGCCCACCCCGGGCCACCGCCCGCAUCGCGAGAGUGGCGGAAUUGGCAGACGCGCUGGAUUUAGGUUCCAGGCUGACAUUUUUCUGAUCGCAAGGGCAGGGCGGCUGCUUAAGGCUCGUGUUGCCCGCGGAAAUGAAUGCAAGGAGCUAACCGUGAGCGACCGGCCGCAUGUUGUCAUUCUUGGGUGUGGUUUUGGCGGUGUUGGUGCUUGCCAUCGACUGAGUAAAGCCAACGUCGAUAUCACGCUCAUCGACAAGAACGACUACCACACGUUCCAGCCGCUCAUCUAUCAGGUGGCCACUGCCGAGCUAGACGCCUCGACCGUGGGGCACCCCAUCCGCGAUCUGCUGCACAAGCACGACAACGUGCGGUUCCACAAAGCCAUCGUUAGCGGGGUCGAUCUGGAGAAGAAAACAGUCCAGAUCGAAGGAUCCGACCCGCUGAAAUACGAUUACCUCAUCAUCGGGCUGGGAGCCCAGGUAAAUUUCUUCGGAGUGCCAGGAGCCGAUGAACACGCUUACCCGCUGUACACCAUCGAGCAUGCGGUGCGGUUGAAGAAGCACAUUCUUGAGGUGCUCGAAGCCGCCGAUAAAGAUCCCUCGCUGGUGGACGACGGGGCACUGAAUGUCGUCGUCGUAGGCGGCGGUCCGACCGGAGUCGAAACAGCCGGGGCCCUUACCGACCUGUUCUCAGUCGAGUUUGCCCAGGACUACCCCAAUCUGCCCAUCGAUAAAGCCCGCAUUAUUAUCGUCGAUGCAGGGCCGGCCUUGCUGGGGCCGUUCAAACCAAACCUGCAGGAAUAUACAAAACAGGCCAUCGAAGCUCUGGGCGUCGAACUGCAUCUGCAGAACCAGGUGGUCGAAGUCACGCCUUCGCACGCCGUGUUGAAGUCGGGCGAGACGAUCCCCACGCACACGGUGAUUUGGGCUGCGGGUCUAAAAGCAAACCCCGUGGCUCAAAGCUUGGGUGUCGAACUAGGCCGGGGAGGUCGGGUGCCGGUGGAAGCCGACUUGAGUUUGGCCGGGCAUCCCGAGGUGUUCGUGGUGGGGGAUAUUUCACAAGCCACCGAUGCGAAGACUGGCCAAGUGCUGCCGCAGCUCGGUUCAGUUGGCAUCCAAGCUGGUACCCACGCCGCCGUGAACAUCAUGAAAAGCGUCGAUGGGAAAUCCACCGAGCCGUUCUGUUAUCACAACAAAGGUACGAUGGCCACCAUCGGACGAAAUGCCGCCGUGGUGGAACUUCCCGGUGGAAUCACCCUCACCGGCGAACUGGCGUGGCUGGCCUGGGGUGCCGUUCACCUGGCCCUGCUCACGGGCGCCGAAAGUCGAGCUUCGGCACUCGUCGACUGGAGUUGGGAACUCUUCACCCACCAACGCAGCAAACGCAUCGAUAUCGAGCUGUAA